AUGGCGAGUGGAUCCACCAGACGACCUCAAGCCCGGAGACCCACCCAAACCCAGAUUGCUGCCGAAGCUCGCUUCCUGCAGAACGUUGAAGCAGGUCGUCGAAUGGGUCUGAUUCCUGAAGCGCAAACACCUCCAACAACCAAGGCAAACGGUGACACAGCUAUGGGAACGGAAGAGGCAAACGAACCAGCUCACCAGCCCGCUUUUAAAGACAAUCAACAAAAUCAGUGGGAAGAUUACGACCCCAUUUUGGCCCAUGCAAACUAUCAUUCGGUGGAUGUGCCCUUGGACUCGUGUACUUGCUUGCCCAAUGAGAUUGAAAACCAUAAAGUGGACCUGAUUGACCUGCUCUGUAUGUUCUUCAGCUCCUCUCAUGAUCUCCCUUAA